UUUGCCGAACUGAAUAGCCAAACACGGUUAGAAAUUUAGAAACAAAAAAUUUCUCUUUUUUCUUUUCUUCCGCCCUGCAGCACCCUAAAAAAAUGGCGGCAUCUCCUAGAAAAUCGAGUGGACGGGUUCUCCGUUCCCUUUCACCAUCAGGCCGGUUCAGUUCUCACUACGCUUCACAGUCUUCGUCGUCGUCUUCCUCGGCUUUUGCUUAUUCGAGUUCAAGUUUCUCCUCACGCUCUUCUACUUUCUUUAAUCAACAGAGAUCUAUUUCUCCGCCUCGUGUUAAUCUCUAUAACCACUCUCCAUCAUCACCGUCCGUGCGAUUCUCGCUUGAUAACCGUCCAAUCUCGCCGAACCGUUCGAUUUCAGCCGUCAGUAGAAACACCGAGGCUUUAAAGAAUUUACAAAGCAAACAGCCAAAGCGAACUUGUAUGUGUUCGCCUACGACGCAUCCUGGAUCUUUCCGUUGCAGUCUUCAUAAGGGUUUCAAUAUUCAGCACGCUUCGUCCAGUUACGCGCCUAGUAAUCGGCUUAACGCGCGUAGAUCUGCGAUGACAAAUUCACUAGUUAGAAUUGGAGGAGUCGAAGGAGAUUUGGUUAGGAGAGCUUUGUCGGCUUUGAUUAGGCCUUCAUCACAUCAGCAGCGUCGUCGUGCAGCGUUUCAGCCUAGGCCAAGCCGCCUCUCCGUGAUGUCUAAAGCCGAGGAUUGAUCAAAAGGCAUGUUGUGGCAUUGGAAUUGGACAUGGCGGAAUUUACACAUCUUGAC